CUUUCCGUAGCCGUACAAAAACAAACAUGGCGUCUUCUGCGGAUGUUCACGUCCGAAUUUGUGGACAAGAAAUAAUAAAAUAUGAUCUAGAAAUCAAGGCUCUCGUCCAGGACAUUAGGGAUUGCCCUGGACCUCAGUCAACUCUCAUGGAGCUCAACUCUCAGGUCAAACAGAAGCUCAACAAGCUCAGACUCAGAAUACAGGAUCUGGAGCAGAUGGCCAGAGAGCAGGACAGAGAGACGGACAGACUGGCCAUCCAGGCAGAGACAGAGAGCCAGCGAAAGCAAAUGCUGAGUAACCAAACAGCGUGGAGGAAAGCUAACCUGGCAUGUAAACUAGCCAUAGACAACACGGAGAAGGACGAGCUGCUGCAUGGAGUAGAAAACCACAGCACCAGACAGAGGAAGGCGACCAAAGAAAGCCUAGUAGAAACCAGUAGCAGCAUCACAGAGAAUCUGAUGUCUAUGAGCAGGAUGAUGGCUGAACAGGUGAAGCAGAGCGAGGAUACCAUUGGCACGCUGGCCACCUCCUCCAGGACGGUGCAGGAAACCAACGACGAGUUUAAAAGCAUGACAGGAACAAUCCACCUGGGGAGGAAACUGAUCCUCAAGUACAACCGGCGGGAGCUGACAGACAAGCUGCUCAUCUUCCUCGCUCUGGCCCUCUUCCUCGCCACCGUCCUCUACAUCCUUAAGAAACGUAUCUUCCCCUUCAUUUAGCUUGAUGAAUUUAGCUAAAGAAUGCACCCAGGGUUCAGGAAGAAUGUUUUCCACUUAAUUUCACUCAGCAGAAAGUUACCGCAAGGAUUUUAGCAGGUAUGAAGUCAAAGCUGGACUACAUGGAAAGUUAGAAAAAGUCCUGAGAUUGGACUGCCGCACAUAGUGUCAAGUGAAAACCUUUUCAUCUUGUGUAGCACCCUUUAUUUAGCUUGAACAAUAUGCAAUAUGUGGGUUUAUAAAAUGGGUAUGAAGGGUAAACUGUAUCUGGUAUUGCGAUGAGGUUUCUUGCAACAACAAUGAAAGGGUUAAAGCCUUUGCAUGCUUUAAACAAACUUGUGGUGUUCAACCAUGUCUAAAGGCAAAAGUUGUUAUACUUUUUGCAAAUGGCAGCAUUUGAAGCAAGGGCGAAGAAGCCACCUGUCAUAGCCUCACCCCCCUAUGUCUAAGAACUGUGGCUUUUGAGUGACUCGAAGGCUUUCACGGUGCUGCAUGAAAAGUGACCGCAGUAGAGCACUUUGAGAGAAGUUCAAAUCCUGCCUACUUUCACACCUCUGCAUACCUGAUCCGACGCUGCACAAAGUGACUGUUUAGAAAAACACUUUGAAGCAUACUAAGGCAUUAAUAUUUCAUCUGGCAUUAAGAACUAACCAGGGUCAAAGCCAUAGUGUGCAAUAACCCUCACUUUGUUUACUUUUUGUAAAAUUACAAUCUGUGUGUGUGUUCAACUGAGAAAGUGUGCAUGUUUGUCUGCUUUCACCAUUGUUAGUUACUGGGGAGUUUACUUUGUGCCUUUAUUCCUUCGGUCGUCCAGACGACAGAUUUAGAAAUCUGAUUACUCAAUGAUCCUUUAAAGGGCGUCUGCCAUGUUGAGUCAAAGACUGUGUGAAUGCUAACCAAUGUUUGUUAGAAUAAAGGUGAAUAUUUCCAAUAUUUUGAGGGAUACAUUGUUGUGAGGCAUUGCCACAGAUGCGCCAGUAGGUGGCAGGAUACCUAACCUUUAAUACCAUCAGAGAUGCUGUACUGUAAAUUUGUGUGAAGAACUAUUUUACAGCACAGGGCUGACUAAUUAACACACUUCUCUUUCCCCAGUGAUGCCAUUGCAGUUUAUUUAACUUCAAUCAAAAUGCUUACAAAUGUUUGUUUUUUUAGAUUAAUUUUAAUAAAAAUUUACAAAACAUAGCUUGAAA